GCAGCACCUCAUCCCCAUCCCCACCCAGUCACCAUGCCGGUCCACUAUGUGAUGUACGAAGGCAUUAAGUUCCCCCCUGCCUACAACUCUGAGCACAGCUUGAGUUUCGCCCACAAUGAGUUCCUGGUGCGGGACGAUGACAUCUUCAACGUCACCUACCCCAAGUCUGGCACUGUGUGGAUGACCGAGAUCCUGAGCCUCAUUCGCAGCCACGGUUGCCCUGGCUGGAGCCAAACUGUCCUCAAUUCUGACCGCAUGCCCUGGUUCUCAACCCGCCUGGGUCUAGAGUCAGCCCUCAGCUACCCCCCGCCUCGCCUGCUGACCUGCCACCUCCCCAGGCACAUCUUCCCCAAGUCCUUCUCCCAUUCCAGCGCCAAGGUUAUUUACACCCUACGGGAUCCUCGGGAUGUUGUUGUCUCCUACUACUACUUCUCCAAGAUGUGCAACAGCUAUGAGGAUCCCACAUCCUUCGAGCAGUUCCUGAGGGACUUUCUGAAUGGAGAGCUGCCCCAUGGCUCCUGGUUUGAACAUGUCCGAGGCUGGAUGGAGAUGAAGGACACUGAGAAUUUCUUCUUCAUCACCUAUGAAGAGCGAAAGCAGGACCUGCACAGCAGUGUGAGACGUCUCUGCCGGUUCCUGGGGCAGGAUUUGGAUGAUGAUGCCAUCUCCUCAGUGGUGCAAAAUGCGUCCUUCACAGCCAUGCGGGAGAACCCCAUGUGCAGCUCCAUCCUGCUCCCCUCAGACAUUAUGGACCAGACAAAGGGCCAGUUCCUGAGGAAGGGCAUCUGCGGGGACUGGAAGAACCACUUCACGGUGGCGCAGAGUGAGACCUUUGACAGGAUCUACCAGGACAGGAUGCAGGGCCUGAACAUGACCUUUCCGUGGGACAGGUAUUAG